AUGCCGUACCGGGUUCCCGAGGCUCGGCAACAAACCAUCUCGGAUGAAGUACAGCUGAUGCUGCGGCUAGAUGUCAUUGAGGAGUCCAAGAGUGAGUGGGCCAGCCCAAUAGUCCUGAUACCCAAGCUGGAUGGGACGUUACGGUUCUGUAACAAUUUCUGUAAACUCAAUGAGGUCUCUAAAUUUGAUGCCUAUCCCAUGCUCCGGGAGAACAAUCUGACUUCGGUCGUAGAGUUUUUCCUCUUAGGCUUUCAAGCUGGUAAACCUUUAAGACUUUUCCUGUUCUCUCUGCUCCUUGUGGUAUACUCUAUAACAAUAUGUGGGAACCUCCUGAUCAUCACCUUGGUUUCCACCAGCAAGAACCUCCACACCCCAAUGUACUUCUUCAUCUCACAAUUGUCUGUCAAUGACAUCUUGUUACCCACUGAUAUUGUCCCCAACAUGCUUCACAUCCUACUGAAUAAUGGGGGGACCAUUACUUUUACUGGUUGUAUCACUCAGUUGUAUUUCUUUUGUGUCUUUGUGUUAUUUGAGUGCUUUAUUCUCACAGUGAUGUCCUAUGACAGGUAUGUGGCCAUCUGUAAUCCCCUCCAUUACUCCUCCAUUAUGACCAGUGGACAUUGUGUGAAGUUCAUCUGUUUAUGCUGGGUUGUAGCUUUCACACUUGUGCUCAUUUAUGUCGUAACAACGGCAACGCUAAGAUUUUGUAAACCAAAUAUUCUUGACCAUUUUUUCUGUGAUUAUAUUCCUCUUCUAGAAAAUUCUUGCUCUGAUACCCUUAUUGUGAAAAUCGAGGUUGGUUUUGUAAGUAUACCGGUAGUCAUUAUGCCAAUCAUUAUCAUAAUAGCAUCUUAUACCAAUAUCAUUGUCACCAUCCUAAGGAUCCCAUCCAGUUCUGGCAGAAAGAAAACCUUCUCCACCUGUAGCUCCCACCUCAUCGUGGUCUCCAUAUAUUACUGGACUCUGUUUAGUGUUUAUGUUGUCCCAACGAAAGGACUAUCAUCGACCACCAAUAAGGUCCUAUCACUGCUAUACACUAUGUUUACCCCAGUCAUCAACCCCUUUAUCUAUAGUUUGAGGAAUAAAGAUAUUAUGAAAGCC